CCGCUUCGUUGGAUUGAUCCAUGCUAACAGAGUUCCUUUGUUGUGAUUAGCCGUUUAGCGGUUGUGUUUCUUCUCUAAUAACUCAUACUGAUUAAGUCGCUGCUGUGAAACUAUAGAGAAUGAGUGGCGGAGUCUAUGGAGGCGAUGAGGUGGGAGCUUUGGUGUUCGACAUUGGCUCUUAUUCUGUAAGAGCUGGCUAUGCAGGAGAAGACUGUCCCAAGGCGGACUUCCCCACAGUGAUAGGUGUGACUCUUGACCGAGAGGAUGGCAGCACGCCCAUGGAGACGGAUGGAGACAAGAGCAAACAAAGUGGUACCACCUACUACAUCGACACCAAUCAGCUGAGGGUACCUCGAGAGAGCAUGGAGGUCAUGUCUCCGCUUAAGAAUGGCAUGAUUGAGGACUGGGACAGUUUUCAGGCCAUUUUGGAUCACACAUACAAAAUGCAUUUCAAGUCUGAACCCAGCCUGCAUCCUGUGCUCAUGUCAGAAGCAUCGUGGAACACACGAGCAAAAAGAGAGAAGCUAACAGAGUUGAUGUUUGAGCAUUACAACAUUCCCGCCUUCUUCCUCUGCAAAUCAGCGGUGUUGUCUGCCUUUGCCAAUGGGCGGUCAACAGGUUUGGUCCUGGACAGUGGAGCCACACACACCACAGCAAUUCCAGUGCAUGAUGGCUACGUCCUGCAGCAAGGCAUCGUCAAGUCGCCCCUGGCUGGAGACUUCAUGAGCAUGCAGUGCAGGGAGCUGUUUCAAGAGUUAAAUGUUGAAAUAAUCCCUCCAUACAUGAUUGCAUCAAAGGAUUCAGUGCGGGAGGGAUCUCCAGCCAGCUGGAAGAAAAAGGAGAAACUACCUCAAGUCACUCGUUCUUGGCACAACUACAUGUGUAAUUGUGUAAUCCAGGACUUCCAGGCAUCUGUGCUGCAGGUGUCAGACUCACCAUAUGAUGAGCAGGUUGCUGCACAGAUGCCCACAGUUCACUAUGAGCUCCCCAACGGCUACAACUGUGACUUCGGAGCCGAGAGGCUGAAGAUCCCAGAAGGGCUGUUUGACCCUUCUAAUGCUAAGGGCCUGUCUGGAAACACCAUGUUAGGUGUCGGCCACGUGGUGACAACCAGUGUGGGAAUGUGUGAUAUUGAUAUACGACCAGGUCUAUAUGGCAGUGUGGUGGUGACUGGUGGAAACACGCUCAUUCAGGGUUUCACUGACCGGCUGAACAGAGAGUUGUCCCAGAAAACCCCUCCGAGCAUGAGGCUGAAGCUGAUAGCAAACAACACUACAGUGGAGCGCCGGUUCAGUGCAUGGAUUGGAGGAUCCAUCCUGGCAUCACUUGGAACCUUCCAGCAGAUGUGGAUCUCCAAACAGGAAUAUGAGGAGGGAGGAAAGCAGUGCGUGGACAGGAAGUGUCCUUGAUUUGCCACCCAACCUCACCAUCAUCAUCAAGCUUUCACCUCUGACCCGGACUCAGGAACACCUCACUCUCAAUUUUUACAAUUUGCAUUUAAAUGAGUUUGUCCUUAUGUCUGUCUGGGAUUUUCUGUAGAAAUCAAACAUCUACAAUUUAACAGUGUCUGCCUUAUCUGUAAAGGGUUGAUUGUUUGGUGGAAACAAGACCAGAAUGACAGAGAAUAAAACAAUGUAUGAAACAGAAAAUUUGUUGCGCAAGACUUCUGCAGAAUACUGACAGAGUAAACUAAUCUGAGUGUACUUAAGAGGAGUAAACUUUCAGUUUGGGUUGAAAAUUUUCUUUUGUUCAUAAGUCUGUUUUUCUGUGUAGUGAGUGGACUCCUCAUAGGCAAAGGCCCUGAUCCAUGUUCCUGUGCCUACUGAUUUGUUGGCUCUCAAGUCUGUAUUUAAUUUUCACUCUUGCUUGUCAUUGGCUAUGUGGUCUUUUAAAAAUAAAGUCAUUUUUUGUUAAAUGA